AUGGCUGCUGCGGGCGAAAACAGGUUUGUGCAGAUUCAUGAGAUUGAGGAGCUUAGACACGAUGCGUAUGAAAGCUCCAAGCUGUACAAGGAAUGUACUAAUACGCUUCAUGAUUCCCGCUUAAAGGACAAGAAGGAAUUCCGAGUGGGUGAUCGGGUGUUGUUAUACAACUCACGUCUCAAGUUGUUUCCUGGCAAGCUGAAGUCUCGGUGGUCGGGUCCCUACACUGUACGAUCAGUGUUUCCUUACGGGAUCGUGGAGACAGGCCAUGAGGAUGGUCGGUUGUUUAAUGUCAACGGGCAUAGGCUAAAGGCUUAUGUGGGAGGGCUCGUUGACCAGAGUGAGGAGGUUGUUACCCUCCACCCCGGGAACAAAUGA